ACUAAACGACUUUCAGCAACAGUUCUACGAGUAGCACCAGGUAAUAACCGCUGGAUAAUUUGUCUUAAUUCACAACCAGAAAAUGAAAUUGAGGUCUCAUCAGGCCGUAUGAAGUUUGUGGCUUUUUCCACAACUAGCUCAGAUACUGAUCAAAAUACGGAUGACGAAGAGAGAACAAGUGAUAGCGAAAUGAAUAGUGAAAUGGAUAUUUCAAGUAAUACUGAUGAUAGUUCUGAAGAUGGAGAAGUCAUAAACGUUAGUAAUGUUAAUAACGUACGAUGGACCAAUAAAGUUGUUAUUAUUGAUCCUUGCCAAGUGUCCCGCUCCUAUUCUAGCACACCAGUUGUACACAUUACUGAUAUCUUUAAAGCAACACUCAGACAAUUUUUUGAGCGGUUUAUACCUGUUGAUUUUAUAAUAUCAGUGAUAAUUCCAUCUACAAAUAAGAGUGCGCGUGAAUGUGAACAUAUAUUAGCAAAUGAUGAUUCCUUUCAUUUUGCAUGGCAGUUUCAUAAUGAAUUUAACGAAAAUCUUACAAAAGCUAUCCUACCUGGUCCUUACCUUUGCAUGGAUAAAUCAAUGUGCCAAUGGAUGGGCAAAGUUGAUAAAGCUCUUGCAGAUGCUCAAAUUAAUUUGUUCUUAAGAUUAGACCUAGCAGAACCUUCAGAAUGUGCUAUAAAAAAAAAAUUUUCAGAUCAAUACCCAGCAACUGUUGCAUCUAUGUUAAGAUUAGUAGAACUAUGGUUUUGUAGUGGUAGAACAAUUAUCGCUGAUUCUGAUAUUACAGAUGUACUUGAAGACACAUAUGGAUCAUUUGUUAGUCGAAUUUCCAAAAUAAAUAAUGUUGAUUUAACUGUAUGCUCAAUUCGUAACCGCAAAAAUAUUGUACUUCUUGCCAGUUAUUCUACGACAAUGCUCGGAACAGAAGUGAAUCGAUAUAUUAAGGGUUAUAGCAAUACAACAUUUUGUCGACCUAUUGUAUUUGACGAGUAUAAUGAAUUUAGAUCAGCUGUAGACAUACUUAAUAAUUUGC